AUGGUCGCACGAUCUGCUUCCCGAGUUGCCCGUCGCGGGCUCGUUCGCGCUCGCGGCUCCGAGCGGAGCAACGCGAAGCUCACCGUCGACGUCCUCCACGCCGCGGGUGCGCUCCCGGCGGCGGCUCCGGCUCCGGAGGGCGACUACAAGCACGCGGCGCCGUUCGACGAGGCGCUGCAUCAGCUGAACAACGCAACUCGCCCCAUUAGCGAGGACGACGUUGUCACGCUGUGCGCGCUCGUUCGUCGGCUCGCGAUGCUGGCGGGGGACGACGCCGACCUGUGGAAGGCGCUCGUGCUCACCGUGGUGCGCCGGCGGUUCCACUCACGGUCGCCCGAGGCGCGAGCGGACGCCAAGUCGGAGGCGGAGGACGAGGCUGCCCUGGGCGACGGCGAGCGACUCAUCUUCUACGUGGCAUUCGUCGUGAUCCUCCACCUGCUGCGGGAGGACGGGCAUCACGGACUCGCCGCCAAGGCUGCGUCGGUGCUCUGCUCGCUGGCGCCCUUGGCCGGGGGCUCGCGCGACACGUGCACGCUGCUCGAGCUGGCAGCGUACGAUGCGCUCCA